UUACGAGCUCGCUGGGCGUUGGAUACCUGAUGGUAUGCACUGCAAGUUAUCCCAAUGUUUUGGCCUUCUGCUUCCUGGAUGAGCUACAGAAGGAGUUUAUCGUCACCUAUGACACCAAACGGAUCAAGAGUGCCAUGCGGCCCUACUCCUUCAUCGAAUUUGACACCUUCAUCCAGAAGACCAAACAGCGCUACAAUAACCCUCGUUCCCUGUCCACCAAGAUCAACCUGGCUGACAUGCAGACAGAAAUCAAGCUGCGACCGCCCUACCAGCUCUCCCCUGAGGACCUGCGGGCUAUCAAUGGAUUCUCAGUGCACGCGCCUUCAAAGUACAAGGGCAUAGCUCCCACGCAGAUGUUGGAGCCGGUGACUCUGCCGGGAAUCGUAUCCUGCGUGCUGAGCAUCCUCUGUGGGGGGCUGAACCUGCUGCGAGGGGUCCACGCUAUAGAGAGCAUACUGCAGAAUGAUGAUGAAGACUUUAAUUACGUGAUUGCCUUCUUCCUCGGCACAGCGGCCUGUCUGUAUCAGUGCUACCUGUUUGCCUACUUCUCAGUCUGGAGGAACAGCAAGUCCUUCCUGGCCUUUGCACUCAUCUGUCUUUCCAACAUGUAUUUGUACGAAUUGAGGAACAUCUGGCAGAUCCUCUUUCACGUGGCGGUGGGCGCCUUCAUGACCCUGCAGAUCAGACUGAGGCAACCGCUGGGCAAAGCACCGGACUACAAUGUCUGACAAAAAAAGAUCUGAAACUCGAAGGAUAAAUGGACCUGUAGUCUGAAAAUACUGGAAACAAAAUAGAGACAAAAAACAAAAAAAGCAAGCAUCUCGAUCCAGUGAGAAAAGCCAAAAGCGAUCUCGCAGCAGCGCGGUAGCCCUGUUCAAUAAACCCCAGCAGCUGUGAACAGAUCUCAGUUUGGACUCUGCUGCAGCUUGAAUCAUUUAUGGACCUUACUGGGAAGCCACUGCCCGAUAACAAUUUUCGACUUCCUUUCAGCGCAUCCAUCCCACCUGCAGGACGGAUGCAGUUUUGCUCCCUCUGCAAGCACCAAGUAUUGAAAGCGACGCCACUCGCUGCCGAAUGCUUCGGCGAAACAAUCACAUGAACUUCAUCUUCUACGUAAAGCCACUGGUUCUCCAUCAGGUGCACGACUGGUUUCAGUCAUGGUUUAAAACUAUGCAACGCUGCCUUCUGCAUGUGCGCGUCCUCGUAUCUUCUUUCGUAAGUGUCUGUCAUCGUUUAGACCCUUCUGCUUAUUUAUUUACCGACUGAUUUCUCUGACGAAGAAUUCUCCAGAUUUUAUGAAUUUUGAUCGCUCCACUUUUAUGUACACUUGUGUCUUUUUUUUAGUCGCUCCUGUUUCAGCCGAUGCAAACAGGCUGCUCGCAUUCGUACCCUACUUCCUCGCCUACACAGCCUCAAGCAUAUGCCAGUGUCAAGUGACUGUGUUAAUAAACAGGUCUGUGUUGGGAGCGGUAUAGAUGCAGAGCUGCGUUGUCAAAGCCAGAGGCGGCCUGUAUCAUCCGAACAGCCUCUGGCCUGUUUUUUUUUAUUCCCCCCUCCCACCGAGCGCCUCAGUUCAGACUUGGCUGCCAUUUCUAAAAACAAAAACAAGAAGGAAAAAAACAAAAACUCAUCUUUCACAUUUAGCCUGCAUCAAGGAUAUUGGCAGUGUUCACAUUUAACACAAUUAUGA